AUGAUGGCUCAAUUCAUGAUGGACCUAAAAGCAGAACCCCGUCUCAGCCCGUCACUCUACUCCCCGGCCUCACCUAAAAUGGCCGACCAAAACUGCCGCCCUCAAUCGACCGAUUCCGGUGUGUUAGAUCUGUCGAAACGGCGUGAUUCGUUGGAUGCCCGUAAAACGCCUUCUCCAUCGUACCACUGCUUCAGUGACGUCGGUGGUACGCCUCCACCCAGUAACCAUAGUUCGCCACAAUGCGAACCCGCGGCCCCCGGUGGACCCGAAAGCACAAUCCUUCUCAACUACAGCGAUAUGGUGCGGGUUCGUCGCUUAUCUCCCACCAAGUCUCUGCUCCAUUUUGACGAGUUGCGGCACCACACGCAUCAAGGCCAUCUGCUUCCUACCCCCCAAACCUUCCACCGACAUGGGCUAGGUCUGGCGAAAGGCACACACCCGGAAACGGACAUUUUGCAGCAACAUUUGCUACAACACCAGUCACACCGAACACCAGCAAUGUCGCCCUAUUUGCUUCCGGCGGCAGCCGCAGCGGUGGCUCUUCAACAUCACCACCAUCUCCAGCAGCAACUUCCUCAGCCUGCGCAACAACAGUCUCCGAUAUGCCCGGCGGUGGCCUUUUCAUCCAGUCCCGUGCGCCAUCGGGAACUUGACGUUUUGUCCGAAUCCGGCUCCGAAGGCACGUCCUUAGUUAGCUCGAGCCAACGGCCCAAGAUCAAAGAGGAAGGAACGGGUGGUAAACCGACGGCAGCUGGCCAAUACCCGAUGGUGGUGGGUCGAGAUGGCAAGUUGUCGCGGCCCUUUAAGGCAUAUCCUCGCGAUCCGCUAAGCCUUGCGGCUGGUUUCGUAGCAAGUGACACCAUCCUGGACACAAACUCAGCCGAAAAGUACAACCUAUUUCGGAAACGCAUGCUCGAACAGAUCCACGCCGCAAACGGAGGACAACCGACCGUUUCGAACCCAAAAAUGCGCCGUCUCGCGGGAUGUUCCUCGCGAUCAGCCGCCUCAUCACAAUCGGCCGCUCUCAGUGACGCAUCGUCUGAAUCGUGUGAUGAAAAACCGCCAUCGCAGCAAGCGCCCGAACAUUCGUUCACAUCCAACAUGGCGGCCAAAUCACAACCGAAGCCCGGUGUCGGCGAAAUGUCGCAACGAUCCGCCAUUGCGUCAGCCAAUCAGCACGUAAUGACGCCAUCGCAGGACGCAACCGAACCACCGUCAAGCGACCAUGCGGAUUCGAGUGACGUCACCGGGCUGUCAUCGUGUGACUCCGCCCCCGGUGCUAGCGAACAAACGUCAUUGUCGUCGCUCUCCAUGACGGUCAAUGGCGGUGGUGGUGGUGUGAAGGAUUCGGCCUACUACGAGCGACGCAAGAAGAACAACGCGGCAGCAAAGAAAUCUCGCGAUCGGCGUCGAAUUAAGGAGGAUGAAAUUGCGAUCCGUGCUGCGUUUCUCGAGCGGGAAAACAUUGAGCUUAAGUUUGAGCUGGCCGCUGCCCGGAAGCAGUUGGCGUUGUACGGUGUGACGACCUCCGUUGCGUCCUAGCGGUGUAACGUACCGUCGAACGACGAAACGUCUGUAAAUAGCGUCCGAAGAACUUAUGUACAGUGAGCCUGCGAGUAUGGGCAGGUGGGCGUUCGCUUGAUGCGACCAGCCGGUCUGACUC